AUGGCCACCUCUUUCGUUGCCCGUCGUGGCUUUUCCACCACCCGUGCCCAGCUCAGCAGCCCCUACCACUACGCUGAGGGUCCUCGUUCCAACCUUCCCUUCAACCCCCUCACCAAGUACUUCUUCUGGAGAUACUGGGCUUUCAUGGUCACCGGCUUCGGUCUUCCCUUCGGUAUCGCUGUCUGGCAGACCUACAAGACCCGCUAA